CGGCGCUGCCGCCGACCGCGACCCGCGUAGGGGCGGGCUGUGGGGCGGGCGGUCCCCUCGGGGAGGUGACCCUUCGGCGCUGUGGGGCUGGGGCGGCGGCGGGACACCCCUCGGAAGGGCGGUGAGGGCCCUGGCAGCCCUACGGCCUGGCAGCUGGGCUUCCGCCGCUGUGCAGCUGCGGGAAAUCCGGUCCUAAGAGUUUCUGAUGUUAAAACGACAAAACCCCGAGAUGCGGGAAGGUUCAAAGUGAAGGCUGCGGUCCUCCGCACGUGCCGGUGCAGGAGAGUCUGCCCCUCGCUCCCCCGAACUCCCUAAACCCGUAACCGAGCCCGGUUUGCUGUGGCAGCACAUUGCACCUUCUACUGCGGAAUCUGCUGGAGUUGUAGUGUAACUUUGUGUCUGCAGUGCGCGCCAGUUGCGCCGGCCUUACACUCUGGGGAUGGGUAGAGUAGGAAAAACAUCUUUAACUCCGACUGUUGUUGUCUCACAAUUUUAGGAGAGUGCAGAAAUGUCUCGCUUCGAAAAUAAAGGACUAAUACUGGGCAUAAUGGCAGGGACUGCUGGCAUAAGCCUGAUGGUGAUUUGGUACCGUAAGAUCCGAAAACCCGCUGCAACUGUGCGUAUACCUGCGCUCCUAAAUGCAAGUAACAGGCUUAGUUCUGUGGGCUUGCAAAAUGAAGCUCUGAAUGAGCAAGGAGCAGUAAUGGUUUUAUAUGGAAGGCAACUGCAGAUACUAGAAAAAUUGAAUGACUUGCUAGUGAGUGUGGACGAACUGAAGAGAGAGGUAAAAUUUCUGAAAGAAGCUAUUCCAAAGCUUGAAGAGCUUGUUCGUAAGGAGCUUCAAGGGAAGGGAGAUGUUCAGAGAGUAAGCCCAUCACACAGAGCGACAAAGCGGAGAAAAGCUGAGACAGCUUCUGGUGCAGCAGAAACUACCAGCUCUGAGGAGGCGGAAAGUGAAGGAGGUUAUCUUACAGCUCAUACUGAUACUGAAGGAGACUCUGAGGAAGAAAAGGGAUGUAAGAAAUCACCUGAUGCCACUGCGAAAUCAGAAGACGAAGAGUUGUUUAAUUUUUUACAGCAGGUGGACAAUUUGCACAAGGGUUCAGAGAAUGAGAAAAAGGAGGGCUUCAGACUGCUGCUUGAAAAAGAUGACAAGUAUGAAAACUGUGUGGACUUUCUUUGGAGACUUGCACGUGCUUAUGGAGAUCUGUUUGAGAUGACUACUGAUGCUAAUGAGAAGAGGAAAUAUGUUGCUGAUGGAAAGAUUAAAGCUGAAAAGGCUGUUCAGCUGGAUGACAGGAGUGCUGAGAGUCACCAGUGGUUUGCAAUUAUGUGUGGCUAUAUGUCUCAGUUUGAAAGUGUACAAAACAAAAUCAGGAAUGGUUAUCUCUUUAAGGAACAUCUAGACAAAGCAAUUGAACUUAAGCCUCAAGAUCCUUUUUUAUAUUACCUAAAUGGAAGAUGGUGCUAUUCAGUAGCUCAGUUGUCUUGGAUUGAAAAGAAAGUAGCUGCUGCUCUCUUUGGGACUCCACCAACAUCAACAGUAGAAGAAGCAUUGCAGAAUUUCCUUAAGUGCUAUAAAGAUCUUGGCCAGAAAAACACUGCACUGAAGUACUGUGAUUCUGCACUGUCAAUUCUUUCAGUUACUAAUGAGGAUAAAGAGGCCCAGAAAGACUUAGAGGCUUUACUUCUCACACUGAGGCUGUGACACUACGUGCUUUUUAACUCUUCAUGCUGUAAUAAAAUUGCAAAACUGAGAAUCUACAGUGACUGGGAGCUGUGGGUGAAUUCCAGCUAAGUGAAUGGGAAAACUGUCAUUGAUUUUGGUUGGCUUGGAUCAUGGCAUUUAAGAAUCUGGUGAUUAUGAUAUGAAAAUGAUGGAUUAAUUUUUUAUUAUUUAUAAUCUCAUACUGAAGUUUAAUUUUAGAUUGCUGACACUGUGAGUCUGAUUCUCUGAACAUGAAGUCCACUGCUGGCAAUGGACAUACUGGGGGUUAGAAAGCAAAAUGCAUAGAUCUCACUCUUUGUAAGAUUAAUUGACUAGUAUGUGAUGCCAGCAUAGAACUCUCUGUAGCAAAAACAAACAAAUGUUUCUAUAGUAAAUUAUAUUUGUAUCAACUAAUUUACGUAGAUGUGUACAGAAGAAAAUCACGAAUGCCUAUGUUUAUACAUUUUCCUCUACUAUUAUAAAAUUAGAAUCUUGUUGAAGUUAAAGCUGUUGCCUCUACAAAGCUCUUUUUGCUUUAAACCUACUGUUGGUUUUAAAUGAAAAUGUGAAAACUUUACAAAUUAAAUACUAGAAUUUUAUUUUAUUUGUAAUAUGAAGUACAAUAUUAAAAAUAAGACCAACUGAAA